AUUCCAUGCAUCCCUCUCUCAACAUAGCAGAAAUAAAAGAAAAUAAAAGUAGGAAGAAAAAACACUCGAAACAUCGUAGUAAAAUAUAGGAGUGAGAAUCUGAGAUUAGGGGGAAAAGACAAACACAGAACAAAACACACAUACACAGCACAUCAUGGUUCGUCGCCAUAGACAAAAACAAAAUCCAACCUUUGUUUGCAUUGUCCUUCACCGUUCCUUUCUCCUGCCAGUUUUUUUCUCCGAUCUCUUCCGACUCAGUUCCUCUCUCAGCCCCCAUGGUUUCCAUACCCAGUAUAGUUCUUCCUACAAUCUUCCUCUUACUCCUCCAAUCUACCAAUUCCCACCAAAAUUUAAUCCUUUCCAACUCAGACCCAGAUCCCACCGUUGCCAACUGCACCCACCGUUGGAUCCACAUAAGACGCCUCCCCUCUCGGUUCAACCUCGAUCUCUUAUCUAACUGCUCCCAAUACCCUCUCUUUGAUAACUUCUGCCCGUACCUUCCCAACAAUGGCCUCGGCCAAAAGACACAUAACCGUUCCCACAGCUGGUUCCGCACCGACUCUUUGAUGCUCGAGUUCAUCUUCCACCGUCGGAUGCUCGAGUACCCUUGUCUUACCCCCAAUCCCGACCUCGCCGACGCCGUCUACCUCCCUUACUUCGCCGGCAUCGACGCCCUACGUUACCUUUACGGCCCCAACGUCAAUGCUAGCGCCGAUCACGGCCUUGACUUGUUCGAUUUCUUAAAGGAUGAUAACCCCCGCAUAUGGGCUCGCCACGCGGGCCAUGACCAUUUCUUGGUCAUGGCUCGGCCCGCCUGGGACUUCUCGCAACCUCUGGGCCAUGACCCUCCCACGUGGGGCACUUCCUUUCUCGAACUCCCCGAGUUCUUCAACGUGACAGCUUUGACCUUGGAGGCCAGAGCUUGGCCGUGGCAGGAGCAAGCGAUACCUUACCCAACGUCGUUUCACCCGCCAAGCCUCGCGUUCUUGGAGUCGUGGAUACGACGUGCAAGGCGGUCGAGAAGGUCUGCCUUAAUGCUCUUCGCCGGAGGUGGAGGGUUCUCGGCCACCCCCAAUAUCAGGCGGAGUAUUAGGACCGAGUGUGAGAAUUAUAACGCGACUCAAACUCUUGAUGGGUACGCGAAAUUGUGCGAGGUCGUGGAUUGCUCUAAUGGGGUGUGCGAGCACGACCCAGUUAGGUACAUGAGGCCAAUGUUGCAAGCAAGCUUUUGUUUGCAGCCACCGGGAGAUACACCUACGCGGAGGUCCACUUUUGAUAGCUUUCUUGCCGGGUGCGUCCCGGUUUUCUUCGAGGACAUGUCGGCGAAGUCGCAAUAUAAGUGGCAUCUGCCGGAAGAGAUGUACGGGAAGUUCUCGGUGUUCAUACCCAAAGAAGAGGUGGUGUUUAAGGGACUGAGGAUUUUGGACGUGUUAAUGGGUAUACCGAGAGCUAGAGUUAAGAUGAUGAGAGAGAAAGUGUUGGAGUUAAUGCCGAGAGUUAUUUACAGGAGGCAUGAGAGUUCGUUGGGUUUGAAAACAAAGAAGGAUGCGUUUGAUAUUGCAGUUGAGGGUACUUUGCAGAGGAUCAAGUCUAGGCAUAAAGAAGUAGCAGUGGAGUAACUUCGAUGCAUCCUGUUUCUAUUUUGUCUUUGUACUUACUAUUUAUACCUGAUUAUUUUCCUUCUUUUAUUUUAGUUUUUCAUUUUUAAUUCACAAUGGUUCGUUCAAUGCAAAAGUGCAGGGUGGAUUAUAUUAUUUGUAACCAAUUUGGUAAUAAAUCUCUUGCAUCAUUUUAGGUCA